AUAGAGAUAGAGAGAGAGAGAGAGAGAGAGAGCGAGAGACGCGAGCUCCUUCUUUCCGUCCUCCUCCUCCAGCUAGGGUUUCAGUCAGCGAAUGCUCGCUUCCUGCUCCCCGUCGCCAUAGCCACCGGCCCCCCCCACCAAUUCCACUCGCGGCUCGAUCAAUCCCCCGUCGGCGCCGGAAAUCCGACGGCGAUUGCAGCUCUGCCGUUCCCGACGGGGGCUCCGCCGCGGAGCUGGAGACGCCGGAAAUCGGUCCCGCUCCCGCCAAAUUCGGGGCAUUGGAUUGGCGCUAGCUUGUGGGGAUUUGCUUCUCUUUAAAAGGAUUCGAGUUCUGUUGUAUCAGAGAUUGAUUGCAUAUACAUGCAAAGGAAAUACUUUGUUGGACGAUGGCGCUUCAGGCUCCUCUAAAGCCCAGUGUAUCUGAUGAUUUCGAUGAUGAUGACACGCCUAUAGUCUUCAAAAGGAGCAGUACUACAUCAAAGAAAAUUCCAAUAAAGACUGAAGUGAAGAAGCCACCUUCUCAGAGGAUUGAUGCGUUGUCGGGAUCCUCAGGGUUACAUUCCUCAAAUGGUCAAAGUGCUAGAUCUCAACAGGGUAAGGUCCAUCCUUCUCCCAAGACAUCAUCCAUGAAAUCCCCGGAUGUAAGUCCAAAAGCAUCAUCGUCUACUGCCAAGUUACCCCCAAUGAAGUCACCACUGACAGGUUUAAAGUUAUCAAAGUCACCAGAGGAUCAGUCGAGGCACUCGUCCAAACAGAGUUCAGUAGUGGCUGCUAAAGAGGAAUCCAAUAGUGACUCUGAUGAUGAUAAACCAUUGAGUAGUAGACUUCAGGAUAACUCUGGCAAAAGUCGCACUAUGCCUAUUUUAUCUCCAUCAUCGGGAAAGGCCUCCUUGAAAAAUUCUCCUGAAGAUUCAGACGAUGAAAAGCCUUUAGCAUCAAGGUUGCCUCAGAAAUCCAAUACAUCUACAUCUUCUAAUAACCGUUAUGCUUCUGAUGAAAAGAAACCUUUGGUACUGAAAACACAGCAAAAUGGUUUUGCCUUAAGUAAGCAUCAAGCAAAAUCUUCCACUGUGUCAAAUAAAAGGCCACUAGAGAAGACAACUUCCUCUGAUCAGUUGUCAGUCAAAAAGCUAAAGACUAGCGAUGCAUCAACAUCAACGAAGUCGAAACCAUCGGUGAAAGGAGAACCGGAGUCAGAUGAUGAUGACCACAUUCCAAUUUCCCAGAGAAUGAAAAAGCCAGCAGCAGCUUCUGCAUCAGGAAACAAGUCUUCCUCGGCAAAGGACAAUAUGAAAAAGGUUAUAAUAAAGAAGAAGAUCACGAAGCCAACCAAGAAUUUCAAGAAAGUAAUGAAAAAGUCAAAGUAUUCUAAAUCCACUAAGGUAACACCUACUUCCGGCGAUGGCCAGAAAAAAUGGACAACCUUGGUUCACAAUGGGGUAAUUUUUCCACCUCCAUACAAACCUCAUGGUGUAAAGAUGCUUUACAAAGGGAAGCCUGUCGAUUUGACUCCGGAACAGGAGGAAGUGGCUACAAUGUUUGCUGUGAUGAAAGAUACAGACUACAUGCAGAAAGAUAAGUUCAAGGAGAACUUUUGGACUGAUUGGAAAAAGAUUCUUGGAAGCAACCAUGUGAUUCAGAAAUUGGAACACUGUGAUUUCACCCCGAUAUAUGAUUGGUGUCAGCAGGAGAAAGAGAAGAAGAAGCAAAUGACUAAAGAAGAAAAGAAUGCCCUCAAGGAAGACAAGAUGAAGCAGGAGGAGAAGUACAUGUGGGCCAUUGUGGAUGGUGUGAAAGAAAAGGUUGGAAACUUCAGGGUUGAACCGCCUGGUUUGUUCCGUGGACGUGGAGAACAUCCAAAGAUGGGAAAGCUGAAGAGACGCAUUCGUCCGAGGGAUAUUACAAUCAAUAUUGGGAAAGGUGUUCCUGUGCCGGAAUGUCCCAUCCCUGGUGAAAAAUGGAAAGAAGUAAGGCAUGAUAACACCGUCACGUGGUUGGCAUUUUGGAACGAUCCUAUUAAUCCGAGGGAAUUUAAAUACGUCUUCCUUGCUGCUAGCAGUUCCUUGAAGGGCCAAAGUGAUAAAGAGAAAUAUGAGAAAGCAAGGAUGUUGAAGGAUUACAUAGCGAACAUCAGGGCAGCAUACACCAAGGAUUUUAUGAGUAGAGAUGCUAUGAAGCGGCAGAUAGCGGUUGCUACUUAUCUGAUUGAUAAACUGGCUCUGAGGGCUGGCAAUGAGAAGGAUGAUGAUGAAGCGGACACUGUCGGUUGCUGCACACUGAAAGUUGAAAAUGUGAAAGCAAUUAGCCCAAACUCACUGGAGUUUAACUUUCUUGGUAAAGACUCUAUCCGAUAUGAAAACACUGUAGAAGUUGAGCUCCCCGUCUACAAGGCAAUUGUGCACUUUCAAUCUGGGAAAAAGCCUGGUGAUCCUCUUUUCGAUGAGCUGGAUACAAGUAAACUGAAUGCUCAUCUAAAGGAACUCAUGCCUGGUCUGACAGCAAAAGUUUUCCGUACAUAUAACGCUUCCAUUACUUUGGAUGAGAUGUUAAGUAGAGACACCAAAGAUGGAGAAGUUGCAGAAAAAGUUGUAGUCUAUCAGCGUGCAAACAAAGAGGUUGCUAUAAUUUGCAAUCAUCAACGUAGCAUUUCGAAAUCCCAUGUGGCACAAAUGACCAAGUUGCAAGAGAAGAUAGAUGAAUUGAAGGACAAUAUGAAAGAGAUAAAAGUAGAUUUGGAUCGGGCACGAAAAGGAAAGCCUCCUCUAAAGGAUGCUGAUGGAAAGCGAAAGAGGAACUUGACUUCAGAAGCGUUAGAGAAGAAGAUUGCUCAGAUUGAGGUGAAAAUUGAGAAAAUGGAACGGGACAAAACUACCAGAGAAGAUCUGAAAACUGUUGCACUGGGCACAUCCAAAAUCAACUAUCUUGACCCAAGGAUCACGGUUGCAUGGUGCAAGCGGCACGAAGUUCCAAUUGAAAAGAUAUUCAACAAGUCUCUGUUGGCAAAAUUUGCUUGGGCGAUGGACGUGGAACCUGACUUCAGAUUUUGAUAUGCUGAGUCCGUGUUCCCUUAGCCGGCAUGUUGAGUCUCCUUUUCAUCCUGCAAAUUUUUUUCUUCUUUGUCUGUUCAGGUGAAAAAAAUUCAUGUUGAAUGUUCAACUAAUCUAAUUAUAGAUGAAGUCUCUUCUCCACACUGGCUCUCGCUUCGACACGGAUCGAUAUAGGGACUGUCAUUUACCUUGAGAAACUUGUCAUUCUCUGUAGAUACAUUUGUCAAACUGACAAUUGUCCAAAGAUAGUUGAGAAAUUAUAAAGAUCGAUUCUUAUGUC